UGACUCGGCGUGGGCCCCGCGCCAUGGGGAGCAGCCGCGGCGGGCGGCUCGCCUGAGGCGGCGGCGGCGACAGCGGAGGGAGGGCGCGGCACUGCCGAGGGAGCCCCGCCGCGGGGGCCGCGACCCGUGCCGCCGGGGAUGCUGCGCUGGGUCCGGCAGCAGCUGGGUUUUGACCCACCGCAUCAAAGCGACACAAGAACUAUUUAUAUAGCAAACCGUUUUCCCCAGCAUGGCCAUUAUGUUCCUCAGAAGUUUGCAGACAACAGAAUCAUAUCAUCCAAGUAUACAGUAUGGAAUUUUGUUCCAAAAAACUUAUUUGAGCAGUUCAGAAGAGUAGCCAACUUUUAUUUUCUCAUUAUAUUUUUGGUUCAGCUCAUGAUAGAUACCCCUACCAGUCCUAUUACCAGUGGAUUGCCAUUAUUCUUUGUCAUAACUGUGACAGCCAUAAAACAGGGCUAUGAGGACUGGCUGCGACAUAAAGCAGACAAUGAAGUCAACGGUGCUCCAGUUUAUGUUGUUCGAAGUGGUGGCCUUGUGAAAACCAGAUCUAAAAACAUUCGGGUGGGGGACAUUGUCAGAGUAGCCAAAGAUGAGACUUUCCCUGUUGAUCUGGUGCUCCUGUCGUCUGACCGAGUGGAUGGUUCAUGCCAUGUUACCACUGCAAGUUUGGAUGGAGAGACCAAUCUUAAGACACAUGUUGCAGUCCCAGAAACAGCAGUGCUGCAGUCUGUUGCCAACCUGGAUAAACUGGUAGCUGUUAUAGAAUGUCAGCAGCCAGAAGCAGAUCUAUACAGAUUUGUUGGAAGAAUAACUGUAAGUCAACAAGCUGAAGAAAUAGUACGACCUCUUGGGCCUGAAAGUCUCUUACUUCGUGGAGCAAGAUUAAAAAACACUAAAGAAAUAUUUGGUGUUGCUGUGUAUACAGGUAUGGAGACAAAGAUGGCAUUAAAUUACAAGAGUAAAUCUCAGAAACGGUCAGCAGUAGAAAAGUCCAUGAAUUCCUUUUUGAUUAUUUAUCUAAUAAUCCUCCUCUUUGAAGCCAUUCUGAGCACUAUUUUAAAGUAUGCAUGGCAAGCUGAAGAGAAAUGGGAUGAGCCUUGGUAUAAUGAAAAAACAGAGCAUGAAAGAAACAGCAGUAAGAUCCUGAGAUUUAUUUCAGAUUUCCUUGCUUUUCUGGUACUUUACAAUUUUAUCAUACCCAUUUCACUCUAUGUGACUGUUGAGAUGCAGAAAUUUCUUGGAUCUUUUUUUAUUGGCUGGGAUCUUGACCUCUAUCAUGAAGAAACAAACCAGAGAGCACAAGUAAAUACUUCGGACCUCAAUGAGGAAUUGGGACAGGUAGAGUAUGUGUUUACAGACAAAACUGGUACAUUAACUGAAAAUGAGAUGCAGUUUCGGGAGUGCUCUAUUAAUGGCAUAAAGUACCAAGAGGUCAAUGGUAAACUAACUCCAGAGGGAUUUUCUGAAGAUUCUCCAGAUGGAAAUAGGCAUGGUUUGGUGAAAGAGGAAGAGCUCUUCUUGAAAGCAGUUUGUCUGUGCCAUACAGUGCAGAUCAAUGCAGAUCAGACAGAUGGUGCUGAUGGUCCCUGGCAUGCCAAUGGAAUAACAUCCCCCCUGGAAUAUUAUGCUUCUUCCCCAGAUGAGAAGGCUUUGGUGGAAGCUGCGAGCCGGGUCGGAGUAGUAUUUACUGGAAUUAGUGGAGACAGUAUGGAAGUAAAAAGUCUUGGAAAACCAGAGAGGUAUAAAUUGCUUCAUGUUUUGGAGUUUGAUCCAAAUCGCAGACGAAUGAGUGUCAUUGUAGAGAGUCCCUCAGGGGAGAAGCUUUUAUUCACAAAGGGAGCAGAAUCUUCCAUUCUUCCUCGUAGUAAGAGUGGAGAAAUAGAUAAAACAAGGAUACAUGUGGAUGAGUUUGCUUUGAAAGGCCUAAGAACUUUGUGUGUGGCCUACAGAAGAUUCACACCUGAGGAGUACCAAGAAAUUGGCAAACGCCUUCAUGAGGCCAGGACUGCCUUACAGCAGCGGGAGGAGAGAUUGGCAGAUGUGUUCAACUUCAUAGAAAGGGAUCUGGAGUUGCUUGGAGCUACAGGAGUAGAAGACAAACUGCAGGAGAAAGUCCAAGAAACUAUAGAAGCCCUCAGGCUGGCUGGUAUCAAAGUGUGGGUGCUCACUGGAGACAAGCACGAAACAGCUGUUAGUGUCAGUUUAUCCUGUGGACACUUUCACAGAACCAUGAACAUCCUUGAGCUUGUGCAGCACAAGUCAGACAGUACCUGUGCAGAACAGCUGAGGCAGCUAGCCAAGAGAAUAAAGGAAGACCAUGUUAUCCAGCAUGGACUGGUUGUGGAUGGGACCAGCCUCUCUCUUGCACUCAGGGAACAUGAAAAAUUGUUCAUGGAGGUUUGCAAAAACUGUUCUGCAGUGUUGUGCUGUCGCAUGGCACCCCUUCAGAAAGCAAAGGUGGUUCGACUGUUAAAAACCUCUCCGGAGAAGCCCAUAACAUUAGCGAUCGGGGAUGGUGCUAAUGAUGUGAGCAUGAUCCAGGAGGCACAUGUUGGCAUAGGAAUCAUGGGCAAGGAAGGAAGGCAAGCUGUAAGAAACAGUGACUAUGCAAUAGCACGAUUUAAAUUCCUCUCCAAGUUGCUUUUUGUUCAUGGGCACUUUUACUAUAUUAGAAUAGCAACCCUUGUACAGUACUUUUUUUAUAAGAAUGUGUGCUUUAUUACACCACAAUUUUUAUAUCAGUUCUUCUGUUUGUUUUCACAACAAACGCUCUAUGACAGUGUAUACCUGACUUUGUACAAUAUUUGUUUCACUUCCCUGCCUGUCCUCAUCUACAGUCUUUUUGAGCAGCAUGUGCACCCGCAUGUAUUGCAGAGUAAACCUGUGCUCUACAGAGACAUCAGUAAAAAUGCCCAUCUGGGGUUUAAACCAUUUCUUUACUGGACCAUCUUGGGCUUCUUUCAUGCAUUUGUUUUCUUUUAUGGCUCGUAUCUUCUAAUGGGAGAAGACACUUCUCUGCUGGGAAAUGGCCAGAUGUUUGGGAACUGGACAUUUGGUACUUUGGUCUUCACCGUUAUGGUUAUAACUGUUACGAUGAAGAUGGCACUAGAAACUCACUUCUGGACAUGGAUAAACCAUUUUGUUACUUGGGGAUCCAUUGUAUUUUAUUUCAUAUUCUCCUUGUUUUAUGGGGGAAUUAUCUGGCCAUUUUUACAUACCCAGGACAUGUACUUUGUAUUUGUUCAACUGUUGUCAAGUGGUUCUGCUUGGUUUGCCAUAAUCCUCAUAGUAGUUGCUUGUUUGUUUAUUGAUGUUGUGAAGAAAGUGCUGUACAGACAUCUGCAACCAACAAGUACUGAAAAAGCUCAGCUUACUGAGGCAGGUUCAGGUAUCAACUGCUUGGACUCCAUGUGCUGCUUCUCAGAUGGGGAAACAGCAUGCACAUCUGUUAGAAGAAUGCUGGAACGACUAAUGGGAAGGUGUAGCCCAACCCGGGUCAACAGAUCAUGGAGUUCAACGGAUCCCUUCUAUGCCAACGACAGGAGCAUCUUGACUCUCUCCACAAUGGACUCAGCCACUUGCUGACAGGGACAUUUUUGAAUGCCUUGUGGAAGCCCUGUGGUGCUCACACACCUGUAGCAGGUGCUGAGGCGAGCUCAGUGUCCGGCGCUGCCCUAGGAAAGCCCAGAGGACUCCUGAGUCCAGGCAGGGCUUGUCUGGCCUGGCAAAAUCUGCACUGCAAUUGCUUCCAGGAUUUUUUCUAAUUAUAUCUACAAAUUGCUAAAUAAGUUUUUGGUUUUUUGGGUUUUUUUUUAAGGAAUGCUUUUACCUCUGACCAUUUGAUCCUUUUUGUUGCUGUAUGAGCAGAUUGGAAUCCUACAUUAAAUACUGGAGAUGUCCCUAUAGGGCAAUGACAGAAAUCUUUCUCCUCCCAAAUUAGAGUGAUCCAAUUUGAAUCAAUUUGAAUCUGCGCAAUUAAACUUUUAAAAGUUGUGUUUUUAAUGACGACCCUUCCUUUUAAACACACGUUCAUUUUAAGCUGUCUUGCAGAUGCUGUCUUAGCAGUUUGCAAAUCAAUUUUGUUACUUCUGUGGACAGUUACUGUAUUCUAUAAGCAAUCAGUUUAGUAAUUUUUGAGAGUUAAACGCAAUUCAAAUAUUUAUGCUGGUGUAUGAGUGGCUAAUAUAUUAGCCAUUGCUUUGAAAAACACUUAACUGUGACAAAUCAGCAAUUUGGAAUAAUAAGGGAUAUAACAGCUCACUGUUCUCCUAAAGUACAAUUCAGAAACCAGUCAUCUUUUAUUAUGCCCUGUACGUUUUGUUAACAGUUCUGGAUCCUGACAUGGAAAAAUUUGUUAAGCAUUGGCAGAUUGAGCAGAAGUCUCACUAGCAUAAAUUUUUGAAUUAUUAAUCCUUUUAAAGUUGGGGAAUUUUUGCAUGUUUUGUUCUUUUUCAUGUAUUUAUAUUCGGUCACGUUGUACUUUGAAGAUAUAAUUAAUGCUUAAUUAUCUUCGUCUAUCGGAAGGAUCCGAGACCUUGAUGGCAAUGUUUUGAUACCUAAGUAUGCCAAUAAAAACAAAUUGCACAGUUGGA